AAAUUGUAUUCUUCGGCCCUGGUUAUCAGCCAAAAGAAAAAUAAAAGAGUUUUGCACAACUUUAAACAAAUAUUUAAAAAACAAAGGACCUAAAGACUUGUUAAACCCUAAAAACAAUCUAUAAAAUGGCCGCACUGGCCAGCUUGACCGCCCAGUACACAGACUCCGAGAAUGAAGGCGACGCAAGUCCGGAUUCGCAGAAUUCCACGGCGUCCCAGGUAAUCAUUCCUCCCAAACGUCCCUCGCCAACGCCCACCAAACAGGAUGGGGAAACGAAACGAUCCAAGGAGAAGAAAAAGAAGAGGGCCAAGAAAGUUCGAAGAUUGGUGAGCUACCAGGAUGACACCUUGAUUUCCGACGAGGAUGAGGAUCGGGCAGCAGAGCCCUCUAGCGAAGAGGAGUCCAGCAGUGGUGGAGAGAGCGAUAGUUCCAAUUCCCAGAGCGGAGAUAGUCCCAAGACUAAGGAUAAAAGCAACGCAGGAAAUGGUUCCAAAGACGGGGAUACGCCAAUGGAGGUGGACGAGGAAUCCGGAGGAUUUCCCGCGGAAGAACGUACCGCCGAGAGCUACGAAAAGGAUCCCAAGUACGCCAAGUACAAGUUCCAGUUGCCACCCGAACCCAAGGGCAAACCGUCCGCGGAAUUGGUGGCCAAGAUCACCAAAAUGUACACGAAAAUGCGACAGACCAAUAUGGACAUGAAUCGCGUUAUUCAGGAUCGCAAGGAGUUCCGCAAUCCCAGCAUCUACGACAAACUGAUCAGCUUCUGCGACAUCAACGAAUUUGGCACCAACUAUCCUCCGGAAAUCUAUGAUCCCCUGCAAUGGGGCGAGGAAUCCUACUACGAGUCCUUGGCAGCGGUCCAAAAAACGGAGAUGGUGAAGAGGCAGAAGGAUCGUAAGGAUAUGGACAAGGUGGAGCAGGCCACAGCCUUGGCCAGGAAAGUCGAGGAGGAGGCCAAAAAGCGCAAGUCCAAGUGGGAUCAGCCGGCUCCCUCAUCCACCGUUGUUAAGCCCACUCUUCCUGCUCUGACCACCACUGUUACGGGAACCAAGGGCACUGUCAUCUCCGCGUUUGGUUCGCUCCCCAAAAAACCAGCCGUUUAGCCACAUUGUAGCCAGUUAAUAAACAUUUAUUUUAUAUCAAUGAAA